UAGCUCUAGCUAGCACCCAGGUACAGUAGGACAGUUUAUAUGUGUACAGGAAGAACUGCUGACGCUAACCAACUUCAACUUUAUUUAACAUCUAGAGUCUAUCUAAAGUAUGUGUGUCAACCAGCUGGAGUUUUGGGGCCUUACGAGGAAAUGUACCUUCUAGCUCUGGUUUGCUAAUUUAAAAUCAUCAUAAACCUCUAUGUCGCGCCUGAUCAUGUGUUGCCUUCAGGUGUUCCUCGUAAAGGCCAUACUUGUAAAUACUAUCAUCUAUCCGAGACUACUUCCCAAUUCCCUCUGUCUUAAAAAAAUGUUACGUCCAAAUCUUUAAUCGAUGUUUGAAAAAAAGUGGAAUGUUUGAAUUAAGGAUGACCGAGUGGAUUCAUGUGCCACUGACGUUCCGAGGACACUGGAAGUCACCGCUCCGCUGCCAGAGCGCAUGCUCAUACUACAUUGAUACCAAGCGGCAACUUGACUGCCGCCUGUCGCCCACAGGAGCCAACGUCCUCUUCAUCACCACCAGUGCGAUGAAAACAGUGCUUCUCUGACAUUCUGGAUCAACCUGCAUACAGGAUGACCGAGGUGAUGGACUCCCUGGAGUCGGGCUCGGAGGACUUUAGCGGCGCAGCAGGAGGCGACCAGGAUGCCAUAUUCCCAGAUUCCCAUGAAAGGCAUCCAAAGUUGUCCAAGAGGCUUCCCUCCAUCGUGGUGGAGCCCACGGAUGGGGCGGAAGUGGAGAGCGGCGAGCUACGAUGGCCACCAGAACCCAGCUCACCAGACACUCCGACUGAACCGGCAGGUGAUGUCCAAGUCCAAGCUGGUGUUGGCGAGGGGACGUCAGGAGCAGAGAUGCCGGCCUCCAACUGA